GAGCGAGUGUCAAGCUGUAGGAGCGAGUGCCAAGCUACAGGAGCGAGUGUCAAGCUACAGGAGCGAGUGUCAAGCUGCAGGAGCCAGUGUCAAGCUGCAGGAGCCAGUGUCAAGCUGCAGGAGCGAGUGUCAAGCUACAGGAGCCAGUGUCAAGCUGCAGGAGCCUGUGUCAAGCUACAGGAGUGAGUGUCAAGCUACAGGAGCGAGUGUCAAGCUGCAGGAGCCAGUGUCAAGCUACAGGAGUGAGUGUCAAGCUACAGGAGCCAGUGUCAAGCUGCAGCAGCGAGUGUCAAGCUGCAGGAGCGAGUGUCAAGCUACAGGAGCGAGUGUCAAGCUACAGGAGCGAGUGUCAAGCUGCAGGAGCGAGUGUCAAGCUACAGGAGCGAGUGUCAAGCUACAGGAGCGAGUGUCAAGCUGCAGCAGCGAGUGCCAAGCUGCAGGAGCGAGUGUCAAGCUGCAGCAGCGAGUGUCAAGCUACAGGAGCGAGUGUCAAGCUACAGGAGCGAGUGUCAAGCUACAGGAGCGAGUGUCAAGCUACAGGAGCGAGUGUCAAGCUACAGGAGCGAGUGUCAAGCUACAGGAGCGAGUGUCAAGCUACAGGAGCGAGUGUCAAGCUACAGGAGCGAGUGUCAAGCUGCAGGAGCGAGUGUCAAGCUGCAGGAGCGAGUGUCAAGCUACAGGAGCGAGUGUCAAGCUACAGGAGCGAGUGUCAAGCUGCAGCAGCGAGUGCCAAGCUGCAGCAGCGAGUGUCAAGCUGCAGGAGCGAGUGUCAAGCUGCAGCAGCGAGUGUCAAGCUGCAGCAGCGAGUGUCAAGCUACAGGAGCGAGUGUCAAGCUGCAGGAGCGAGUGCCAAGCUACAGGAGCGAGUGUCAAGCUGCAGGAGCGAGUGUCAAGCUGCAGGAGCGAGUGUCAAGCUGCAGGAGCGAGUGUCAAGCUGCAGGAGCGAGUGUCAAGCUGCAGGAGCGAGUGUCAAGCUGCAGCAGCGAGUGUCAAGCUACAGGAGCGAGUGUCAAGCUGCAGCAGCGAGUGCCAAGCUGCAGGAGCGAGUGUCAAGCUACAGCAGCGAGUGCCAAGCUGCAGCAGCGAGUGCCAAGCUGCAGGAGCCAAUUUGUCACAUUGA